UCAGUCAUGGACUUACUGUGCCGAAGGGAAGGCGCUGUGGGUGCGGUCAGUCAGUAGCACUUCCUCGUGGCGUCUACGAUCAUAACAUUUUACGGCGCUUUUGCUGGAGUUAUUGCUUCGAUUUUGUUGCAUGAUUUCAUGUUCUAGUCACUCAAUGUUUUAGAAAGCGAAAUUCGUUAAAGUUUUUAAUAUCGCUUGGUAAGAUUUUUAUUUAAAAUUUCGAGUGGAAGAAGUUGAAAGUUUGAUAGCAGCCUAGCCUCAAGAAUUCACAAAGAAAAAAAUAUAUACUGAAAAUUGUUUCAUCUUUUACGUAUGACUACUCAAAAUGUAUGUGCCUUAGUGUGAGAUAAAGUUUGGAUAUAUUAAAUCCCACAGACUAGUGAAAGGCUUAAAUAUAUCAGACUUUUUUUUCUAGCCAGUACCAGGGCUGGAGCCUAUUAAAUUUAUACAUUAAAGUUAUGAUGAAAUGUUCAACUUCGUAUUCACAGUGGAUUGUUAAACAUGACCUAAGUACUGAAGGAUGUAACAAGCCCCUGAAAAUGUAAGAGGCCAUGCCUAUGCUGGUAGCCAAAUGCAGUGAGAACACUGCUCCUAGACCUAGGCUGUUGAUAUUGCAUAGUGUGUACACUCCAUAGGCCUAGGCGUAUGUGGAUAUUUUGUGAAAAAUGGUUUUUAUGGACAUACUUCUUAAUUUCUUGAAAUAAAUAAAUUUGAAGCCUGUUUGGGGGGUCUCUUCUAGAACAGUACAUAUAGGCCUAAAUGAAUGUUUAGUCGCGAACGAUAUUCGUGUACUAAGUGUUGAUAUUUCAUCAGGCUCAGACUACAUGAAAAUUUGUGGGCCAAUGGUGGUUACUAUUUUUUUUACUGCGUAACGUGCAGGCAAGCAAGGCUACUGUUUCUAGGCCUAUGCAGUACUGAAAUAACACAGUGUAUAUUUUUAAAUUUUGAAUCGGGCCUAGAGGAAACUUCAGCAUCAUGAUGGCAAGAGAAUGGGUGACAGCAUUGAUAAAAGGCCAGAGGAACGCAGUCCGGUUGAUGUGUCGACAAUCACCUCGAAGCUGCGUCGAGUACCGCCCUUAGAUCGACUCCCUUCUCCAGUUCUUUUCGAUAUUGCUCGGUGCUCAUACUACGAGGAUCUGGAAAAAGGCGUUACAUUAUACCAAAGAGGAGACACGGGGACAAAUUGGUACACGUUGCUCAGCGGGUCCGUGGACUCCAGGCCACCGCUCCACACCCAGUACCAGCCAAGACGGUCUUCAAGUCCCUGGAAUUGUUUCGAGUUCUUAAGUUCAAAACCGGGUGGGGUCGUGGGCGAGAUGGGCGCCGGGUCGACUUUUGGGGAGAGCGUCCUCAACGACGCCCCUAGGAAGAGUACCAUCAUCACGAGGGAGAACUGCGAACUCCUGAGGGUGGAGCAGAAGGACUUCCGGUACAUAUGGCAGAGAAACAAGGAGCUGAUGCAAGACAUGUUAUACAGUUCUUCCAGGAAGGAAACCACAGGCUCAGUACUGGACGAAGGGAGAACCCUCUGGAGGAAUUUUGGGUCACGCCGACGUCGGUCGGCCACUCCAAGGGAGCUGCCGAAGGAACCCACCGGAAGAGAUGAACACAGAAGGGCCUCUGCAACAACGGCGUCUCCGACGAGGGCAGCUUCCUCCUCUCCCGUACGUGCCCCGGGCACCCACCAGUCAAGAGGCUUAGCCUCUGCAGCAGCCCCUCAGAAUUCUCACACUCUUCCAAAAGGCUUCACCAUGUCCAGAAACUCUGGACCUCCCCCGGAUGCCACCCCUCCCCUACCCACGAAGUCAAACCACUCGCCGGGCGAGUCCUCGACGGAGCUGGCCACGAAGAGCAAAACGGGAUCGCCGACACCUCCGCAGUCGUCCUCCAGAAACUCGACGCCGCGAGAAACGCCGAGAAGUACUCCGACGAGGUCCUCCCCCGUCGGAAACAGAGAGACGCCCGCCCGGAGGCCGAGCCUCAGCAGGGCGGCCAGUUUCGACAGUCCCUCCGUCAGUCCCAGAAGAUCCAGCCUUCGGAGCGCUGUUCUCCGCCUGCGCUGCGAAUCUCAGGACACGGCCGAAGAGGAGGACGAGGACGACGACGACGAUGACGAGCCGCCCUCCCACACGUCCCCCAUGGUCAUCAACUACCGUGGCGACAGUCAGGAGAACGACGAAGACGACGAGGAUGAAGACGACGAUGACUACGAGGACGACGAAGAUGGCCGUCAAAGUAGGAGGAGGAGCUCCGGCAGAAUAAUCAAUGGAGAAGGAGGAGGAGGAGGAGAAGGAGGUGGAGGAGGUGGGAGUGGCGAUGGUGGUGGAGGAGGAGGAGGAGGAGGGAAAGGUCUGUCUGGAGGGCGUAAGAAAGGAAGCAGACGGAAGAAGAAGACCGAUGUCGAGCAACAGCGAUCUCAAGACUUGGAUUCCCCCAGCAAUGCUGCUGUCCCUAUCGUUGAUGCCCCGAGCGUCCGCAUCUGCGAGGCUGCUUGGGUACUGAGGUCGAUGCUUCUAGCCCGCGCCCCUCACCUCAUGAAAGACCGGAAGCAGCACGGGCGCCAGCAGCCUCGCUGUGUAGUCGGCACAGAGCUCACCGACUGGCUCCUGGCGCUGUCCUCCACGGUUCACUCGAGGUCACAAGCGGCGGCCAUGUGGCAGUGCCUGCUCGAGGAAGGGGCGCUCUACCACGUGGCAGGAGAGCAGCCCUUCCGGGACAAGUACCUCUUCUACCGAUUCCUGGAGGACUCUGCAGCAGCCCCAGGGACGCCCCCCGUCCUCCCGACGGCGGCCGAGAAGAGAGAGGCCGAGGAUCGCCUCACCUCCAUCCUGGCCUUCCUUCAGCAAAGGGCACCGGACGCCAUGUUGAGGCUGAUUCUCAGGAAACCGAGCCCUGAGCGAACAUUCGAAGACCAGGAGUUGAUCUUCGAGGAACUGCAGCACCUGAAGGCCCUGGCUCACCUUUCCAACUCCGUCAAGAGAGAGCUGGCGUCCGUCAUCAAGUUCGAGUCCCACUCGAGGGAAGGCACCGUUUUGUUCCAGCAGGGGACCGAGGGUAAAUCAUGGUACAUCAUCUUGAAGGGAUCCGUCAACGUGGCCAUUCACGGCAAGGGCGUCGUUCAUACGCUGCACGAAGGCGACGACUUCGGAAAGCUCGCCCUCGUGAACGAUGCUCCAAGAGCGGCGACAAUCGUCCUGCACGAGGACAACUGCCACUUCUUACGGGUGGACAAGAGCGACUUCAACCGCAUCCUGAGGGACGUCGAGGCCAACACCGUCAGGCUGAAGGAGCACGGUCAAGACGUCCUCGUCCUCGAGAAGAUAUCCUCCAAUGCCCUUACUCACUCCCAUUAUAAGUACACUGUGAUGGCUGGAACCCCACAGAAGACUCUGGAACAUCUUUUGGAAACCCGACUAGACGGCAGAAGGGCAAGUGUGGGGGGCGACCUGCCCGAGGACGCCAUCCGAAGGUGCGACGUCGCUUCGCCAGACUCCUUUUUGGACGACUUUUUCCUCACGCACAUCGUCUUCAUGCCCUACACGCAGCUGACGCAGGACCUGCUCAAACAUUACCGCAUAGACAGCCAGAGUAACAGUCAGGAUGACGAAUUCAUCGUCGCUUGCAAGAGACGUGUCAUCCUCUUCGUCCAUCGAUGGGUCAUGACCAUAAGGGCGCCUGUUUUCAAUAAUCCUGCAGCUUCCCAGUUCCUUCAGACGAUGCAGGAGGAAGUCGCCCGAGACGUGGAGGUUUACGGAGCAGCCCUUCGCGAAGGCGCCUCCCUCAUGCUGGACGUGGCCGAGGCCAUCGAGAGGCACGAGCGGGACAACUCGAGCGUCGGCGUGAGCAAGUGGAAGCUCCCCACCAGCGGGAGGCCCAUCAGCCUCUUCGGGGUCUCGUCCACCGAGGACUCCGUCGAGCCCCACCGGAUGAUCCAGGCUCAGGACGACAGUAAGAGCAGCACCAGCAGCAACAGCAUGCAGUCUGGCGAUGUGUCUGUGUCCCAUCCCUUAAUGUGCUCUUUUGUUAUAUUCCGGGUGUAUUGUGCAGACCAUACAUAUUGCACACUUAGGUUCUCUUUGCAAACAACCUGUGACAUUAUCAAACGAUCAGCGGCAGAUAAACUGGGUCUAAGACAGGAGAACCUUCUUCUUGUGGAGCUGAAGUCAUCAGGGGAGGUGGUACCACUAGGUGAAAAAGAGGUCUGUGCACCCACAGGUUUAACACUUAAUGGCCGACUUUUCGUCUCGCAUAAGGACCACCUUGAUGCCCUAACUCCACUACCAGAACAGGAAGGACCAGCAGAAGGAACAUUAAAUCAGCUGGAGAUGUACAGCACCAAAGAAUUGGCUUACCACAUCACCACCCAUGAUUGGGAUCUCUUCAGUGUAAUCCAUGAGUAUGAGUUCCUGUACCAAGUCUUUGGUCGGGACCACUUUGGCCAGGUGAUGUGCAACUUGGAUGUGUUCUUGCGACGCUUCAAUGAAAUCCAGUACUGGGUGGUGUCAGAAAUAUGUUUAGCUGGAGCUUUAUCCAAGAGAACACAACUCUUAAGGAAGUUUAUCAAACUUGCUGCCUACUGUAAAGAACAUCAAAAUCUAAAUGCUUUCUUUGCCAUAGUAAUUGGCCUCAGCAAUGUGGCUGUAUCACGUCUAACUCAAACAUGGGAGCGUCUUUCCUCCAGGUUUCGCAAGAUGUACACAGAAUUUGAGAUGUUAAUUGACCCCUCAAGGAAUCAUCGAGCUUACAGAAUCUAUUAUGCAAAAUUACAACCACCAAUUCUCCCAUUUACACCACUCUUGAUGAAGGACAUGACCUUUACACAUGAAGGCAAUAAAACCAAACUGGAUGGCUUGGUAAACUUUGAGAAGAUGCACAUGCUUGCCGAAACCCUCAGAACCAUCCGUUACUGUCGCUCCCGUCCACUAGCUCUAGAGUUGCCACUGGUGCCUAAAAAUGAGAAUGAAAUUAGAGUCUAUGUGAGGAACCUACAGGUUAUUGACAACCAACGACGUCUUUUGGCCCUAUCUCAGCGACAUGAACCAAAGCGUCCAUGAGUAAGGCGAAGGAAGACGGAGGGUUUCAUUGGCUGAUUGAAAACAAGAGAAAACUGCCCUUCUUAUUUUGCUAUUUUGCUAUGAUAAGAUUGAAAAAAGCAAGGCCUCUUAGAUCUCGCCAACCUUAAGACAGCUUUGGGCUAUGUCAAGGGACCCUUGCAAGAGCAGCUUGAACACCUCAUCUAACUAUCUGUUAAAAAAAUCAGCCAUGAAGUUCCAAUCAACAACACCCAUCCGUCUUACAAGGACCUCCAAGCUGAAGGUCAAAAUUUGGGACACUAAUUUCAUUACAAUAUGUACUUGUAAAACAGAAUCAAAAUCCCAAGACCUUUGUCUUACAUUAUGAAAAAUGCUUAGAAAAAAUUCAUGCUAAAGAUAUUGUAAAAUUUUGACUGGUUUAUCAAGAGACUAGACAACACUUUAAUCCUAUUAUAGACAAUGUUACACCAGUCUGUUGUUAUACUUAAAUUGGCAUUUUUGCCAAACACCAUGGAUCAAGGGGAAUAUGAAGUUUGAAAAGUAGAGAGAAAGAAGUUGAGAUAACAUAUUUGAGGUGACAGUGUGAAAAAGAAAGAAAAACACGAUUCGCCUUAAUUAGAGCCACUAAAAAUGAAUCACACAAUGCAUUUCCAAUUAUAGUACCUCAAGUUCUGAAUCAGUUACUAUAUAACAUAGCUUUUCAUGUUUUGAGAACAGAAGACAUGAUACCGAAUAUUAACCAGUUUCUCCUAAGUACUUGAUGCAAGGCUUAGAUAAUUUUAUGAUUCGGUUUUGAAAGUAUUUUUUAUGCUGAACAAGUUCUGUUGUACAGCGCUUGUGGAACAACAUUAAAGUUGCUUUCAUAAUUUUUUCAGGAAUUAAGGUUGCCAACAUAAAUAAUCUCUGGAUUAAAGUUGCUAACAUAAAUAAGCUCUGGAUUAAACGAGUAUAGAAAUAAAAGAUAAAAAAUUCACUAACAAAAGAAUUUUACAAUUUUCCAUACGUACAUGUAUCAGAAUCUUAAUGAAAAUUAAAGUGUAAACACUCGACUAGGACUAAAAGAACAAUACAGAAAAAAACAUUGGUUGAAUCAAAUGAUCUGACAAUUUCUUCUAAUUUAAAUAUUUAGCAUACGAAUGCUGGUUAAUAACAUACCAGUUGCUGUUUCACAUAUUUUAUACAUGUUCUAUCACCAGUAUAUAAGGUGAAAGGACAUAACUUGCCAAAAGUCUUUGUAAGGAUAUAAUGUUCAGUAUCUCGGUAGUGUUUGUGUAUGCUUUAAAAUAACACAUGCAAACUGACAAUUAGUCUUUAAAAUCUGCACUUGAAUCAUAAAUUGUAUAUAGUAUACCAUUAUUCUGUAUUAGACGUUAUUUAAUAUCCAAAUCUAUAAGAUGUAUAGAUGCUAGGUAAAUAUAAAUAUAUAUACACACAUUCUACAUAUGUCUGUGAUUUAAAUGUAUGUGUAUAUUGUAUGUAUUUUUCUAUUCAACCAGGACACAAAAUUAAUGCAUAUCAAUUUCCUACACAUUUUUAUCACUAUAGUAUGUUGUACAUAAAUGAUUUUGUAGAGUAAUAUAGUGACUGGAAAAAUAUGGCAAGUGGAAAUUUUCCCAAAGAGUGAAUGACUAAUAUUGCUAAUUACAAUUAUCCAAUCCACUACUCUACUACCUUGAAAUAUGACUAAAAAAACACAAUUACAUUCGUCCACCCAAUUUAUGUUACCAGUUCAUUCUAUUUUUCUUACCUAGUCUGUAGCAAGGUGAAAUGUACUUUUACUAAAAAUGUUAGAUUUCUAUACACUACAGUAAGCAGUAUAAUUAUGUAACUAUUGUACUUUUAUAUAAAUUACAUAAAUGAAAGUUCAUAAAACUACCCCUAUAUGUAGAUACUGUCUUCAAAUAUUGGUCAUUAGGAAGCUGAUAGGAAAAUUUUAAAAUACAUACAUAGUACCUAGAAAAACUCAAGAUGAUAAAAAUAUUCGAGUAAUGAAGAAUAAGUAAAAAAAAAAACAAGGGAAGCCAAUAAACAUUAGUUCAAUAAAAUAUAAAAAUCAAAAUAGGCAAAAGCAGGAAAAGUAUUCAGACUAUUCCAAGACAAGGCAGAUGUAAAAAACCAAUGAUACUUUGUGGGAUUAGGUCCCCAGACAGUGGGAAACUCUACCCCUUUGUAUAGGGUUCUGGCACAAAACAUUUUGUUUUAUCCCUUUACCUUCAUUCCCUUUGCUUUCUUUCAAAUUUGUGCUCCUGGUUCAGGCAACAACUCUACAUUUCCCCAUACGUAUGAAACAAUGGGGUUGGGGGGGAGGGAUUCAGAGGCAUUGUCUACUUUUUAUUGGAUACUGAAAAGCAGCAGCAUGGGAAAUUUUGCUGUUACUGCUGCUUCUUACAAGUGUUAUUGUGAGGAAUUCAUGUAAAUAGAUAAUUAUCUCUAAUCGUAGCUUGUUUUACAUGGUUUUGGAACCAAUACCUGUAUAGUGCACUGUAAACCUAUUUCUCAAGAAGAAACCACGAUGCCAACGAAACUGAAGUGGACUAACAGUAAUUUAGCAAGAAAACAGAUUGUGAUUAAAAUUUAAAUCAAGGAUGAAAGUUUGAUUUUUUUUAAAUGACAGUACAACAGUGGAAAAGAAAAUGGCUAUGAACUUGUUUUGAACUAUAAGUUUUCAAUCUUCACUUACUAUUUAAUUAGGAUUCCUAAGCUCGUUGUCAAGCUUUUCUAUUGAAUUCUGCCCUUUUGAAUACCAAGUUAUUAGUAUCCCAAAACAUUACGGAAUCAGUAUUAAAAAUUAUUUUUGUAAAUAAUACUGACACUGCACCAUCAUACGAGGCCAAAAGGACAGCUCUGACCCAAAGUUAAUUCUUUUCACUAGUAAAGAAAGCUUUCUCUGUUGCACAACUACAACAGGCUAACACAUGCAUUACAUACUGCAUUAAGGAGAAUACAUUGCUUGUGAUUUUUCUUCUUUUACUCUUCACCUUGCAUGGUUUUUCAUGCUUAUGCCUACUCCCUCCAUGGAACUGGUUUUAAUUAUCUGUAAAGAAUUUUUUUCAUGAAGUUAAAUAGUACAUGCUUUAAUAUUAAUCUCUAGGGUGUAACUGAUUUAUAAAUCAUGAUUAAGUAUGCAUGGUUAAUUAUUAAGGAGGCGAUAUAUUUUGUAUAUGGGGGUACUUUAGCCACUACUGAACAAACUUGUUAAGAAAAUUAAUGCAUCUUCCUGGUGAGGAAUUAGAUUCAUUGCUGCUGAAAAGAUAAAACUAAAUACGAUGCUUGGAAUUACAUACUAUUCAGAUAUUUACGAGUACAGUACUAACUGCAAUACAUGUAGGACUUUCAUAAAAGGUAAUGCUCGAGAAAUAAGUACGGGAGAACCCUAUGGAUUGAAAGCAAAAAAUUCAAACCAUAAGUUUCAGGGGCUUCUGAAGUGGUGUGAAUGAGCAAUAAAAGCACAAAGGGUAGUAUUUAAAACUGAGAGCAAUAGAAAAUGUUGUUUUAUGAGUACAUUACCUUCUUAUGUAAUUAUUCAUAGCUACACACUUUUUUUUUACUUUUGAAAAAAAGAAAACUGUAAAUAGCUUACUGUAUGCAACCAGCCAAAUAUACAAGCACAGUUUUAAAUAGCUACUGGGUACAUCUGUAAAUACAGUAUGAUAUAUAUAAGGCUACUGGAUGAUGUACUUCCUAAUUUUACCUAUACUAAAAUGUAUGCCAUCAGACAUUUAUGUAAUUACAUUGUAUUAGAAUGUUUUAAACAUUCCUCUUUUGUAAAUAAUUUAGUUUCUUCUACUUCUCAUUUUUUUUCUUUUUAUACACUAAUGUUUUUUGGUCAUAUUCAUUACACUCAUUUUGAGAGCUACAGUUAGGUAAAAUGCUGCUAUUCUGUAUAGACGAUACCAUAACAUCAUUGUUAUUUGUAAAUAUGUGUUAGUGAGAGAUGUCUUAUAUUCUAUUUUGUUCAUACCUUUAAAAUUUUUGUAAAUAAGUUUGAAGAAUGGAUUGUGAAUUUGUACAGUUGUCAUACAUGGAAAAUUCAUUGUACUACUAUGUUAUAGAGAUGAGAUGCUUUAUACUGUUUAAUAAGUGAAUAUAUAAAAAUAGUUUUUAUGCUAAGUGAUGAUAUUGUCUGUCAAGAUAUUUUACUUACUUCUAUUUUCUAUAUAAAGUGCACCUCUUAAAGUUAGCAUGAGUUAUGUGAGGGCAAAUAAUUGAGUAAGGGUUAGCUUUAGUUCACCUAAGAAAUUUACAAAAUUGUUCCAACUCGAGAAUGUUUUAAUCAUAAGGCCAGUAUGAAAUAGAAUUAAGUUAUUACUUGGAAGAAAACAGAGGAUGUGCUACCAGAUUAGAAAAAAAUUAUAAUAUAUAUCUUAGCUUAAAAGGAUGCUGCCCUUAUCAAGCAAAAAAGUUUAUUAAUAAAGUAACAACAAAGCAAAACAACAUUGUCGUCAGCACCCGAGAAUCAUUUAUACUUAAUAAAAAAGAAGAGUUUUUAUUUUGAUCAUAUUAUCCAUGAAGUUUCUGAACAAAAUAAAAUUUUGUUUCUGAAAAGCUACAAGGCACUUAGUUAUGAAUGGAAAAGGCAUUUAUUUUCUCAAUUAAAUGAAACAAUAAGAGUCACUGUGAUAUAUUUACGUUGCUUCCUGAUACUAUAAACACUUUCUACAUAGAUGCUCCUAAUUUUCUGAAAAUAGGAGGCACUAUUCAACACACAAGACUCUCUUACAAUAAAUAUAACUGUGUAUAUUCAAUAACUGUACUAGAUAUUUCCAGAAAGCAUGUGCCGCUGUACAUACUUACUAAGCGAGUUUUCUAUUGUGUGAAUUAACUGAAAAUAUAAAAGGCAUUAUUCAUAAACAUUCAGCCUUGCUUUAUUUUAAAUACCAGCAAAAUUGAAAGUUUUCAAAGUAUUAGAAUAUCAACAGGAAUGAUUGAUUCAGCAACCUGGUUUUAAGACAACAUAGGUAGGUCAUUGAGAGGCUUGUCAUAUUCACAGAUACUCUGGGAAUGUUAUACCACCUUUUCAGAAACUUAUUUAUAGUAAGCUUCUGGAUUGUAGCGCGCACUGAAUGAAUAUUGCAAAACUGAACAUGAUAAACAUCAUUGUAUGUGCGCAAUAUGUUUCAGGAACUUAAAACGUAUAAAAAAAAUAAUUUUGUGGCAAUAACAGUAAUAGACACUCAUUCAAAAUAACACAUAUACAAGGAAAAGUUUCAAUGAAUACAAAUGUAGCUCUUUACGUACUUACAAUUAUCAAAAGAAGUAUUUUAUAAGGUUUUCAAGCAUUUUUAAUGGGUAUUUAAACAGUAUUGUAUCCUCUAUACUCUAAAGUGAUUUUGUGAAGGUUAUUCAGUGAGCAUAAUUUUUUGCUAACUUCAAAUUUUCCACAGAAAGGUACAGUACAUGCUGUUAACUAUUUUAUUGUAUAUGUGACAGUUUUCUUGCUAAAAGUAGAAUUCAUCGUUAUUUUCCCUUUUGCAACUUCUCUGCUCAAAAAUAACCAAGAAUGGAUCAUAUCACUCAAAUGUCCAGAUUCAAGACAAUGUAAAUAAGUGUCCCUCCUCAUGUUGUAAAUAAGAGAAAAUAUCAAGUGUUAUAUUCUUCUGUGAAAUUUCUCUUUUUCCCUGUGGAACUGAUUGUGUCCCGAAGCAAAUUUUUGGGUUCUGUUCCAAUUAAAGUUUUGGUUGUCUAUCUAUUCUUGUUGACAUCAAUAAAAUAUAAAAUACGAGGACAAAUUGUUUGGGAAUAUCCGAAAGAACUGUGUCAACAAAAGUCAACCUCUUGUAUUACUUAAACAUUUUUUAACUUAUUUUUUUAUCUGAAUAGUACAUUAAAACCUUGUAUGAAUAAAAUUUUCUCUCAUUUUCUGGAUGCAAGAAUUUCCAAUGACUUUUUCUUUGCCUUUUGAUGUCAAGUCUUAAAGUGUUAAGGAUAUUCUAACUAUUAAAAAUAUCUAUUUUCUAUUUCCCUUUUGCACUCAUCGCAAUAAAUAAAGUGAAGAUAA